AUGGCGUACGUUGCGCCUAUCCACCGCGCAACAAGCGUGCGCCAUGCGCUUCGAGCUAAUGUUAUUGACGCCGAUAUCGACGAUUUGGUUGUAGCCAAAGCGAACCGACUCGAGAUAUGGCGUCUCACGGAGGAAGGGCUGGUAUGCCAGCAGACGAAGCUCAUCCACGGCACAAUAUCGAUGCUGCAGCGAUUGCGACCCAAAGGAUCCGAGGUCGACUUAUUAUUCAUCGGUACCGAGAGGCUUCAGUACUUCACCUUGAUAUGGAACGACGCAACGAAGAAGUUGGAGACCAUCGAGCAAGCAAUAAUUGAUCAAUCGGAGCCGUACAUGCGACAGUCGCAAAGUCAGAAUAAAUGCGUAGUGGAUCCGACGGGUCGAUUCCUAGCAAUGCAUCUUUGGGAAGGAGUGUUGAAUGUCUUUAGGCUUCCUACACGCAAAGGCUCUACCAAUAAAUUGGAAUUGCUCGAACAGGUCCGACUCACAGAGCUUUUCAUGAAAGCAAGCACUUUCACUCACAGCCGAACCGGUCACCCAACCAUUGCCUUCUUAUACAAGACACAAAUGGACCAAGAAGAAUCUCGGUUGGCCAUAUAUAGGCUGACGCAUGACGACAAAGGAAACACAGUAUCCAAGUUUGAUCCCCAUAAAGACAGAGAGUUCGACGUCGUUAUCACUGACCCAUACGCCUCAAUGCUCAUUCCUAUCCCCUUGGAUGAAGAGAAGCGUUACCAUGUGCGAAAUACAGAGAAUGUAAAGGCACAUCUAGGUGGUAUUCUCGUCGUUGGAGAGACCCUCCUGAUCUAUUAUGAUGGCCUGACGCACAGGAGCGUCUCUUCAGCAUUGAGGGAUCCAAGAAUAUUUGUAACCUGGGCAGAAUAUGAUGGUACUCACUAUCUGCUGGCCGACGAUUAUGGACGACUAGACUUGUUGACUAUUCAGACGAACUUGGAGGCCACUGGCGUUGUGGUGACAGGCAUGAUCCUCGAACCGUUUACAUCCGGAAGUUCGCCUCUCAUAACUUCAAGGGCGUCUAGCUUGGUCUACCUCGGUGAUGGUACCCUUUUUGUUGCUUCUCACCACGGCGAUUCUCAGCACUACCAAAUCGAUAUCGAGACAAGAGAGGCCACGCUGAUGCAGUCUUUCUCAAACAACGCACCAAUCCUAGACUUUUCUAUCAUGGACAUGGGUAAUCGCGAAGGUGAUACCCAGGCCGGCAAUGUCUUCUCUUCUGGGCAGUCAAGAAUCGUGGCAGGCUGUGGUGCAUACCGCGACGGAACUCUACGGAGCAUUCGAAGUGGUGUUGGUCUUGAAGACAGAGGUGUUCUUGAUGAAUUAGAAGGAACCAGAGGCCUAUUCACUCUUCGAUCUUAUGGCGCCGACUCGGUCGAUACAUUGGUUGUAUCGUCUAUCACCGAGACAAGAGUUCUUAGCUUCGACUCGGAAGGGGGCAUCGAAGAAAUUUACUCUUUCGAAGGCAUGUCCUUGGAUUGUGAGACGUUGCUAGCGUCUAAUCUUCCCAAUGGACAACUACUUCAAAUCACACCCAACUCAGUCGUUUUGCUCGACCCUGAAGGCGGCACAACAGUCAGCAAGUGGGACGUCCCAAGCGGCAAAACGAUCACAAGAGCGUCAGCAAAUGGCAAAUGGGCCCUACUUUCAGUUGACGGAACUUCCCUCGUUUCAUUGAAUUUGCUACAGAACCUGGCUGUUAAUGCCCAGCAAGUUCAAAGCAACUCUGGUUCGCCGCCUGAUCAGAUAUCAUGCAUUCAUGCCGCCCGAGAUCCACCAGACCUUGGUGUAGUUGGUUGGUGGUCAUCAGGUCAAAUAUCACUGAUCGAUAUGGCUUCACUAAAGCCGCUGCAUGGCGAGUCUAUGAGGCAAACCGAAGACAGUGCCACCGUCCCACGAGAUGUCGCACUUGUUCAGCUACACCCCCCUGACGUGUCUGGGCCAACACUCCUAGUUGCGAUGGAGGAUGGCAACGUUGUGACUUUCAACGUCUCUACCAGAGGAUUCUCUGUUUCUGGUCGUAAAAGCGUGACUUUGGGUAGCAAUCCGGCUCGCCUACACAUACUUCCUCAAGAAGAUGGCACAUCAAAUGUUUUUGUCACUACCGAGCAUGCAAGUCUUAUCUAUAGUUCGGAGGGUCGCAUCAUAUUCUCAGCCACAACCGCCGAUGAUGCCACAUUUGUUGCACCCUUCAACUCUCAUGCUUUCCCUGACUCCGUUAUUCUGUCGACAGAUCAGCACAUCCGAAUCUGCCACGUCGAUCGGGAACGCCUCACUCACGUCAAGGCACUUCCUGUCAACGAGACUGUCAGACGGGUGGCAUACUCUCCAGGACUUAAAGCUUUUGGUGUGGGCGCCAUCAAAAGGGAAUUGGUCAAUAACGAGGAAGUUGUUACAAGUUCAUUUAGACUCGUUGACGAAAUAGUCUUCAAGGAGCUUGGAUCACCCUUCCCGUUGAAGAAUUCAAGCAGCCUUGAACUUGUGGAGUGUGUCAUUCGAGCUGAGCUUCCUGACGUUGGUGGAAACCCAACUGAGAGGUUUAUCGUCGGCACGAGUUUCAUCAAUGAUGGUGGUGGAGUAGAAGAUUCAAACGACACUCUUGGUCGUAUUCUGGUUCUUGGUGUCGACGCGAACCGUCAAGUCUACCAGAUCGUCUCUCACAACCUCAAAGGUCCUUGCCGCUGCUUAGGAAUGAUCGAAGACAACAUUGUGGCCGGACUCUCCAAGACGGUUGUGGUGUAUAAUUUCAUACAGGAAACAAGCAGUUCCGGUUCACUACAGAAGCUUGCUGCUUAUCGCCCAUCUGCGAUCCCCAUUGAUCUCGACGUAUCAGGCAACAUGAUUGGUGUAGGCGAUCUAAUGCAGUCACUUUCUUUGGUUGAAUUUGUUCCCGCACAAGAUGGUAACAAAGCGAAACUGGAGGAACGGGCACGACACUACGAAUCCAUCUGGACCACUGCGGUUUGUCAUAUCGAGGGCGAGAAGUGGCUAGAGGCCGAUUCCCAGGGCAAUCUUAUUGUCCUUCAGCAAAAUGUGGAUGCCCCGACAGAGCAAGACCGCAGCCGCUUGCAGAUUACCAGUGAAAUAGGCAUCGGGGAACAAAUCAACCGUAUCCGAAAGCUCAAUGUGCCAGCAGCGGAUAACAGUAUAGUACAUCCGCGAGCAUUCCUCGCCACAGUUGAAGGCUCAUUGUAUCUUUAUGGUGAUAUCGCGCCUCAAUACCAGGACCUUCUAAUGACGUUCCAGUCCAGGAUGGAAGAGUACAUUCAUGUACCAGGAAACGUCGAAUUUAAGCUAUGGCGUUCCUUCCGCAAUGACAAUAGGGAGAGUGAAGGCCCUUUCCGAUUUAUAGACGGAGAGAUGAUUGAGAGGUUCCUAGAUAUGGACGAAGGGAAGCAGGAGCUGGUUUGUGAAGGGCUCGGGCCCAGUGUCGAAGAUAUGCGCAACUUGAUUGAGGAGUUGAGAAGAAUGCAUUAG